AGACGGCAGCAGAAGCUAGUUCUACUGGGUCAACCAACGUUUGCGUUGUAUUGUCAAGAGAAAAAACUGAAAAUGAAAACUGUUAUCUAAAACUAACCUUGACAAUUUCCUUAUUAAUUAUCUUUGUAGUAGAACACGUUGGAAUGAAGAGUGUUAAGGUUCUGUUUUUAUUUCAGAUGCAAAAUUAUCACAAUUUUAAAAGACUUGUGGUUUUAUAUAAAUAAUAAUAGGCUAUUUUGUGCUUAAUUUAAUAAAGGUUAGGGUAGGUUAUUAAAACCUAAGAUGGGAACAGAAUCUGAAGAUAAUUGGUGUUCUCCAUUCUUAUAUGAAACCAAGUCAGAUGAAUGUGAGAUAUGUGGGAAACCUCACGAGAUAGAAAAAUGUGACCUUUUAAAGUGCUCUAUUGAACAAGUAAAAGAUACUUGUACUCCUUCUUAUGCUCGCCUAACGUUACCAGAUGGCCUUGAAGUGAGGGAGCUAUUGGAUGGAACCACAAAUGUAGUCACAACAAAACCGUUCAGGAAAGGAGUACAAUUUGGACCAUUUAUUGCCAAAACUUCAGGUCUAAUGGAUGUCAGGAUAGAAUUUCCUAUAAAAGUUUUUUUAAGUGAAGAUGAUAGUGUCUAUCUUGAAUCUUAUGAAGAACUGUUCUGCAACUGGAUGUGUCUAGUCCCACCUGCAAGUAAUAACCAGGAACAAAAUUUGUUCUGCUAUCAGAUAGGAACAAGCAUUUAUUUUUGUACAAUACGAGACAUUGAAAAAGGGCAGGAGUUAAAAGUUUGGUAUUCGCCUUACUAUGGAGAAAAAAUGGGCGUACAAUCUUUUUCCAAGCAACCAGAUCUAAUACAUUCCUCCGAUGAAGAGUUUCAAGAAAUCUACACAGCUCUACAAAAAGAGGCUGAAGUACAAGAUCAUACUUACAUUCCAAAGUUAAAGAAUAAAAGAAGAAGAAAAUUGCCAAAACCACCAAUUUUAGGUGAAAACUACUACCGAGCGAUCCCACCGAACGAUGUAUUACCUGGAGAACUGCUGGGGGCUGUUGAGCGCAAGGGUGAAUGGCACUGCAAGGAGUGUGGGCAGGUUGAGACUAAUGUGGCUGCCUACGCUCGCCACCUCAUGGAGCAUUACCGGAAUUCUACUGUGAAAACACUCUCUUGUCCCCUUUGUCCUAAGCGGUUCAGAAAAGAUGGAUAUAGUCGAAGAAUCCACAUUGAAAUUUGUAAAGAAAAGCAGACACAAAAAGAAUUAGAACAAUGUUCAACAACUCCAAACGAGAGUGGAAAAAGUAAUGAAAAAUCUUUACAUUUAGAAAUAUUAGCUGGAAGAGAGACAGAAAAAGAUGUAACAAAAACAUCUAAAGACAAUUUAGAAGAAGGUUUGCUUAGUUUAGAAAAUAUUUCAAGUGCUAUCUUGAGUGAACAGCAUACAGAUAGUAAUAGUUUGGCUUUGACCUGUGUCACUCCUUCCCUUUGUAAUGUAUUGGAUGUUAGAAUAAAAGAUAAUCCACAAGAUACUCUGAUUACUCAAUCUAAUUUUGAUAGCAAGAAAACUAAAGACUCAAAUGUGCAUGACCCAAGAUCUUUGACAAGCACACAAUUGGAAGAACUGCCUGCUGCUUUUGGCAACAAAGAUUCACAAAAUCUUCCAAAUGAAAACAAAACUGAUAAGUGUGAAUGGAAUUCUGUUUGUUUAGAAAACAAAGUCGAGAGCUUAGAGAACUUAAAACUCCUUGAAAGUUUGAAUGUCGGGGAAAAGAAUAACUGGACCAAAGAAAGUAAAUCUUUUGAAUCUGAGAGAAACAUUGGCCUGGAAUCAUUGGAAGAAAACCUAUUGACCAAGUCACUGAUACUAGAUCUCAGCGAUGAUCUUGACUUCAAUAUUUCAAAAUCUUUUGUAGAAAUGAUUAAUGAGGAUUGCAAUCUGGAUAAGCCCCUGUCAUUUCCUAAAAGUAAAAGUUCAGAGCUUUUCUGCAGUAUGCCAGGACCAAGUUUGUUGAUGCCAGAGACUCCCAUGGCACAACCUUCUAUUCUUGACUCUACACCAUAUUACUCUCUGGGCAAGAGUGGGUUCUUGCAGUCCAGUUUCACUUCAUGUGAUGAUGUUACUGAUGAAGAGAGGAAUAGAAUUGUUGAGAAUUUGCUCAGUGAAACAGAUGAAAAGUAUCUUGAUUAUGAAAUGACUGAUGGUUGUGUCAGUGACUCUGCAUGUAACAACGAAAACAGAACUGAAAUGGAACAAACAGUUGAUGAAUUGUCCAAGGGGAAGUCUAAGAAUGAAGGUCAUUUUAAGUGUGACAUCUGCGCUAAAUGUUUUGGAAAGCAAACUUAUUUGUUUAGACACCUACGGAAACAUACAGGAGAGUUCAGAUGUAAUGCUUGUUUUAUGGUGUUUGCACGUAAAGAGACACUACAAACCCACAAACUUUCGUGUUCCUCUGAGGCACCCACGCAAGAGGCCAUGACUCGAACGAGGGUGCAUUGUAAGAUCUGCAGACAAGACUACCACUCUUUGGCAGCUCUACGGGCUCACAUGGAGGCACAUUAUUGUCAAGGUGAAACAUGGAAGUGUGAAUGUAAAAAGGUGUCAGAUGAUCCCUCAUUGAUUGAGAAUCAUGGGUGUACUCGCAGCUCUGUGUCCGUAAAAUGUGUAGCGUGCUGUAGAACAUACUCGUCAACUGAAGAAUUUGUUAAUCACAAGAACCGAAUAGUUAUGAAGAAAAAGAGCAAACAUAAAGAUUUUUCUACCAUAUGUGAAAUUUGUGGUGCAGUCUUCAAAUCACGUACUGGAGUUCGGCUACACAGGAUAAAUGCACAUGGCACUAAAAAUCACGAGUGUCCUAUUUGUGGCAAGAAGUUCAGCAGGAGUGACAUCAUGUUGGAGCAUAAACUUAUACAUGAACAAAAGAGCUGGGAAUGUGCUGAAUGCAAGAAGCAGUUCUCCAGUCAGAAGCGAUACAAGAACCACCUCAGAGUGGUGCACUCAAACAUCACGUUCAUGUGUCAGUAUUGUGACAAGGUUUUCCGCCAGAAAGGAAAUCUUUUGAAGCACGUGAAGCUCCAUAAACCAAGAGCACAGAUUCCCUGUACAUUCUGUGACAAACAGUUUACAAGCAAAGAGAACCAUGAAAAUCAUAUGAAAACACAUUUGAACAAACCAUUGUAUCAGUGCAGCUUGUGUGAUAAAAAUCUUGUAACAGUGUGGCAGUUGAAGACACACAUCAGGCGAGCACACAACGAGAUGUACAAGUGUGUGUACUGUAAUAUGAACAUCCGUUACCGCCAUACUCUCAAGAAACACUUGAUGUCUAAACAUCGGGACAAGACGGAAGAAUGGGAUUCACCAGGGGCUUUAAAAGCCAUGAUGGAGCGUAAACCAGAAAAAUCACUGUUCCAUGGCAAAGAAAGGAAUGAAAGUGGUGAUCCAGGUAGCUCUUCAGUAAAGGAUAUAUUACAGACUGUCACAGACUCCAUCAUGAAUGAGGACACAGAUGAUGGAGAUGGUGUAGAAAACAAGAAGAAACAUAGGAAAUUACCAAACAUAAUUAGACAAAGUUCAACUCAAAGUACAAUAACAUCAAGUACUGAAAAUCCUGAUCAAAAUCUUUCUUCCCUUCAGUUGGUGACUCUGAAUAUUGGUCCAGUUACAGGAACUAGUGAUGGGACAGAAUUGCUACCAAGUGAUGUGCCUGAAGGCCUUAUCAACUUACCAUUAGCUGUUAUCAAUGAUCUACAGAUUGUAUCUCAGAGCACCACAAGCCAACCUGUUUCUCCUAUUGGGAUGGCUGACAACCUGGAUCUUCAACAGAUUCCAGAAAGUGCUGGUCUGGGAUCAAAUCUUGAUGGUGCUUUAGUGAACUUUCCAUUCACAUUACCAGAGGGAUUCCAAUUGGCACUGAGUGACAGUUUGACUGAGAAAUAUGAAGGUGUUCCAGAGGAGAAUUCAACCCUCAUCAGUGUUAAUGAUCUUCAGGGAAUUGACAGUACAAGUGCCUUUGUCUUGACUGAUGGUUCUAUUGUGCAGCCUAAUCUGCCCACAGAAAAUAAUGUGCUUUUCUACAUCAUUGGAGAAACGGAAUCUAAUUUGUUAUAACAUUUCAUUUGUUAAUAAUUUACUUCAACUCAUCUGUUUUCUGUAUAUGGCGUUUCUGUCAUAAUUAUAUCUAUUUAUUAAUAUUCUGUUUUAAAGAAAUUUGUUGUAAGUGAAUUUUAUAGGUAAUAUGGUGUAUAAAAAUUGAUAUCAUUGAGGAAAUGGAAUAUUUCUUUAUAUAACUUCAAUAACUUAUAUUAAAGUUGUUUGAGGUGUAUGGCAGACUCUUUUUAAUAUUUUGACAAUAAGGUAUAAAAGCUGCUUAAACACCAUUAAUUUUAUUGCUAUAGCUAACAAUGGUCAUUUUGAACAUUCUUAGGGAAAAUUGUAUUUUGUUAUACAAAGAGGCAUCUAUAUUAUAUUAAUUGGUUCAUAAAACAUAUAUAUUGAUUAAAAGUAAGUGGCAUGGCUGGAAACAUUAAAACUGAAAAAAUGGUUUUA